CCCUGUGUAGUUCACUCAUAUAGGAAGUGAACAUGCAUUUGGGAUUCAGAUUGUAUCGUUUGAAACGCAGGGACAAGAAAGCUAAUUUAUACAACGAUGCGAGUUAAAUAAAUAAAAAGUAAGCCGUGUCUUUAUAUAGUUUAAUUAAAAUUUAGCCAUGAAAUCAGAUGUGGAGGAGUUAAUGCCCAGACUUUUACCCGUGGAGCCAUGCGAUGGAGCAGAUGAAGAAUAUAAUGUGAACGAACCACCGAGAAACCCGAAGGAGUAUCUCAGACAGGUUCAACGGGAAGCAUCGCUUUGCCCGGAUGUCGUCGUGGCUCAGAUCGAUCCGAGGAAACUGAAGAAAAACCAAUCUGUAAAUGUUUCUGUGUCGGAGUGUCCUGCUGCACCGCAGGGUUUCUCUCCCAGCCUGCAAUGGCAACAGCAACAAGUCAGCAACUUCUCUCAAAUCCGACAGAGCGUCUCCAAACACCGGCAGCAUUGGAAAGCCCAGUUUCUGGAUGACAACGUUAUCAUGCCCAAAGCAGAUGAUGAAGACGGAUGGAAGAGAUUUUGUUUGGGUGUAAAUAUUUAUCUGAAUGUUACGCAAUGUGAAGGAGACACACAGAGUCCGGGACUCGAUUAUGUGAAGCUCGGCUUCCCUCCGUUCCUCAGCAUCGUCAGCAAACUCAAUCAGUCCACCGUAUCGUUCGUGCUCGAGUACCUCGUCAGUUGGUUUGAAGAGAACAACUUUGUUCCACAGCUGGGAAGAUGGCUUUAUGCUUUACUGGCGUGUCUUGAAAAACCUCUACUCCCUGAAGCACAUUCGCUCAUCAGACAGCUGGCGAGGAGAUGCUCUGUAGUGCGGGCUCACCUGGAGAAUAAAGAUGAUGAGCGUUUAUCACCGCUGAACCUGAUGAUCUGUAUUGUAGCAAGGUAUUUUGAACAAAAUGAUUUGGCUGACAAAGAGUGAAGACAGAGCUGAAGAUGAUGCCCGAGCUUCUGGACGCAACUUUUUUUGUUUUGUUCACUUUUGUAUUUGCUUGUGUGGAGGGUGGAAAAAAGAAAUUCAGAAUAGUUUCUGACAUCCAACCUUCAGUCUCACUUUUUUUUUUUUUUGCCAGUAUUCUGGCUUUCAUUCAAAAUGAUGACUGUGAUUACUUGAUCAAUGUAUAAAGGUUAAAAAAAAUUGUAUGGAAAUAAAUGUCUUACAUUAACA